AUGACUUCUGUACCAAGAAUGCUACGACAGUAUUUCAUUAGACCUCUAUAUCGCCACGUGUCUCUCUAUGCCUUGGAGCAGAUCCAGAAUGAGUUUAACCGCAUGUUAGAACUGGGUGAUUUUGCAUUGAACAAAUGCGGUUGUGUACUUCUAAAAACCCAUGGAUUGCCGUGUGCAUGUUAUUUACAAAUAAAAAUUGGAUCACAUGGUGCUUUGUACUUGGAUGACAUUCAUGAAUUCUGGAGUACUUUGAGGUACACAGAGGUAGGAGACGAACCCAAUGAAGAAGUACGAAACGCGAACGCCAAUGACAAAGAGUACUUUCAAUCUCUGGUCGAUGAAGUCCUUAAAUCUGAUCCCGCUUUUGUUCGCCGAAUGGCUGAGGUACUUGAAUAUGAAUUACACCCAGAUGGUGCGGAUAUACCUGAGCCUUACGCUAGUCCACCGAGAAAGGGAAGACCAAGCACUAGUAAAACCAUGAGAAGGAGAAAAAGUUCAUUUGAAUAUAGCCGAUCAUCUUCUCGUGGUCGAGGGUCUAGAUCUUCUUCCCGCGGGAGAUCAAGUGGCAGAUCUAGUGGCCGAGAGACGCAAUCUUCAGUAGGAAUUAAGUUCAGUUUCAACUUAUCCGAUGAUCCAGGAGGUCGUGAUUUCUCACAGUUUCCAUGGCCUGAUUACAUCCCAUUCAUGCUUCCUCCUUAUUUGUUCGACUGGAUUGAUGUGUUAGGUGAUGGUAACUGUGGAUUUAGAGCAAUUGCCGUCACAGAGCUGGGAGGCGAGGAAGCAUGGCCUAUUUUAAGACGUGCUAUGAGUAUGGAAAUGCAAAUGAACAGAGCGCAAUACCUAACUUUGUAUCUAUCUCAUGAGUCACUAGACGAGUCAAUAUUCAGAGUAGGUUCACACACCGAUGGACCUGCUCCUUUCAUGCACUGGUUCGAUGCACCGAUGGCUUUCUACUCUGCAGCAACGUUUCUUAACAUUGCCAUUGCUUUUUAUGGUUCUGCUAACGGUGAUUCAUUAAACAACUGUUUGAUUCUUCCUUUAAGAAAAUCACAGGCCGCGAGAAGUGUAAAUAAACUAAUACAUAUACUUUGGGUUAAUCGAAAUCAUUUUGUUCAACUUUUUAUGAACGACGAUUCAUCCCCUCUGCCGCCGAUCCACCCACGUUGGAAACAAGCAGCUGACAAUUUCGCGAAAGAUCUUGACACAAAUUUCACUACGAGGAUUAUGCUGUGGAAUAAUCUACGCGGGGCACCCCCACCAACAAAUAACACCGCUGACGAUGCUGUAAAUUUAGAUACUCCAUAGAAUUUAUACACGACAUUCAUUAAAAGUUGUAUAUAAUCCAUAAUUAUACUACAGUGUGUGCUGUUAACAAUUUAUUUAUUUCUUUGAUUAAUAGGAGGAAUUUAUAAUGCUGGUAGACAAAUAUACAUGUAUUUGUGUGAUGUGGGUUAGUGUGUAUAUUUAUGUAAAUUAAAUGCAAUCAU